AGCAAUAGCAGUACAAUACCAAGUGUAUUGUUUUCUAUGGUGGUCGUGUGUGUGUUUCCGAGUUUCAGUGUCAAGGAAAAGGCAAAAGGUUAGCCGGUUACGGUUAGAAGAGCUUGGACGGACACGAACGGAUCAGGGUCUAGUGGACUCACCAGAUAGGGCAGGGGCUCUGAAGCUUCAGUUUUAUCUUGACAAAGAGUGAAACAUGGUGUUUCUUACGAGACAUCUUUUAUACCGACGCUUUUAUCAGCCUCACCAUGAUCGCUCUUGGAAAAAAGAAAUGCAGAACAGACUCACAUGGCAUUUUUAUGGCAGAAGGAGAAACUGUUACGCCUUACAGAAAGAUGCUAUCAGGAGGUCUCUCAGAUUUGCAACAGUUGUCCGUUCUUCACGAAGGAGACACGUGAACUAUAUAUUCUCUGAUCGGAUCGCUGCAGGAUGUGCCCAACACGGCGUGCAGUACUCCUCUUUCAUGAGGUCUCUCUACGAGAAUAAUAUCGCUAUUGAUAAAAAAGUUCUGUCAUCAUUGGCAGUUUAUGAACCUCGGACAUUUCAGAGUUUGUGUGAGUUUGUCAAGAAGCAACACACUGAGAAAGUGUAUGCAGGACUGGCAGCAAGUGUUGAACCUACACCAAGUGGAAUUGUGACAAGAGAAAUGGUUGACAAAGUGUAUAAGUCAUGAUACUGCAUUAUUUUGAAUGGUUUUGUAUGUUUGCUUAUGGAAGGUAUGAGCAUUGCAGAAAUCAGGAGUUAUAGGCUACAUUUCAAUCAGGAUUGUGUUGGAGAAAGAAUGGCCUGUGUUGUGUGACUGA